UGUGUGUGUGUGUGUGCAGGGAGAGAGGCUGACUUAUAAUGCACUGUAAACACUUUGCUACAAUAGUCAUCCCUCCUUAGUGGAGAAGCGCGUGCACCGAGAAGGCGUCUUCAUCUGGAGCAGAGAUGCGCUCAGCGGUACCCUGUACAGGAGCUCUACAGGAGUGAUCUGCACACUUACCCUCCACAGGAGCUCUACAGGAGUGAUCUGCACACUUACCCUCCACAGGAGCUCUAAAGGAGUGAUCUGCACACUUACACUCUACAGGAGUGAGUAGGAGUGAGAAGAAGUAUGGAUUAAGGUGGGCCAAGCCCGAAGCGGACCGCACUGCUCCGGAGCUGCGGGAAGGAUGCCCGAGCGAGGAUGUGCAGCAGCCGGAAGAUCGUGUGCAGUCUGCUGGUGCUGUCCGUGCUGCAGGUGGGGCUCGGCGCGGCCAGCAUCGCGCUCGGGGCCGUGGCCAUCAGCAGAGCGCGACACGAGCACAAGACGCAGCAGGGUCAUGCGUCCCCGGUGUGGAGCGGGGUGUGUUUCCUUGUCUGUGGGCUCUGUGGGAUGCUGUGUGCGAGAAAAAGGACUGGGCUGGUUAUGAUCCUGUUCUCAGCAUGCUGUAUUUGCGGCCUGAUCGGAGGAAUCCUGAACUUCCAGUUUGUGCGGGCGCUGGUGAAGCGUCCUGACACGGUGCGUUCGCUGCACAUGGCCGCCAUGUCUCUGGCCUGUCUGGGGAUCAGCAGCUGCACCCUGUCCACGUGGCUGACGUGCCGUCUGGCCAGCAGCGAGCAGCAGCGCAUGUUCCUGGAGCGCGAGCACUCGCUGCAUCACUCGCACGAGAUGUCCGAGAAGGUAGACGAGGAACGGAAGAGAGGAGAGCCCAGUCCCGGUGUUUCUCAGUGUCUCAGUGAAGUAAUGGAUAACUCCAGCAAUGGCAUCCCACAAAUCACGUACAACAGUCAGAGCGCAUCGCCGUGACAAGCCUUGUGUGUCACUUUGAUGCACUCUCAGUAGGAAUGAUGUUAUGGGGCUGAUGGCCAUCUGUAGGACAUUUCCUGCACACAGCAGGCCCUAAGAUACUUAAUGCUACUGUGGAAAAAAAAAGGGAGAGAUCAUCUCGUGGAUUGAGCACCAAUCAGCAUUCAGGGACACAGGGAUUCAGUGCAGAGCAUUGUAUCAUUGAGCACAGAACAUGCAUGUAAACUUUACUUCCUUUCUCUCUCAUAUUAUCCCUUUCCCUUCCUUAAUGCAUUGCUCCUGCAUCUCUCCAUUAUUCCUACUGAUUAUGGGUUAUGGGAAUGAUGAGUCUGUCUCUGAAAUUGUCAUGUAUGGCAUAUUGAAUGCUCGGACCUCAGAUAUACAAAAUGCACAAUGUAAAAUGCUUGUACAAGAGAAUAAUUUAUUGAUUUACAGUAUUUUUAUAUAGAGGCUUCAUAUAAAAAUGAAAUAAAAAGA